AUGUCGCGACGUGGAGUUGGCCUCGGGGCCUUUACAAAUCGCAUCCAGGCCACUCAAUCUUACGCCAACCAUGGCGCCAACCUUCGGUCUGCGCACUUGGCAUCCCUCCAAACCCAGCUCUCCGUCUUCCAGUCCCUACUGCACACGUUCGCCUUAGAGCAUAGUUCCACUAUCAAGGACAAUCCAACCUUCCGCGCAGAGUUCGCACGCAUGUGUAAUACCAUCGGGGUUGACCCUCUGGCAGCUAGCAAUAUCAAGGGCAAGAAUGGCCGCCGUGGGCUCGGUGAAGGGGGCAGCUUCUGGACCCAGAUCUUGGGCGGGGAUAUGAACGAUUUCUACUUUGAAGUUGCGGUCCGAGUAGUGGAACUGUGCCGGGAAACACGCAGCGAGAAUGGAGGAUUGAUAGGUGUGGAAGAGUGCCAGAAGCGAGUAGGCAAAGGGAAGGCGAUCGGAAGUGGAUUAGAGGUUUCAGAGGACGAUAUUCUCCGCGCUGUUAGAUCACUGGAACCCCUGGGUUCUGGCUUUUCUAUUGUUCAUGUUGGGACAAAACAAUUCAUUCGGUCCAUUCCGAAGGAGCUGAACACAGAUCAAUCCACUGUUCUCGAGGCCAUUCAGGUCCUUGGGUUUGUGAGCGUAUCAAUGCUUUGCCUGAAUCUCAACUGGGAAAAGGCUCGAGCUCAGACGGUCAUCGACGAUCUACUCACCGAUGGUCUCGUGUGGCUGGAUUCUCAAGGAUCGGAGAAGGAGUACUGGUCCCCUCAAGGUCUUCUGGAUGAUACUGGAUGA